AUGACAGAUAAGUUCACCAAGCAGAACGGAUUUGUUCCGGGAAAAGCAACUUGGCAGGGAAUAGAUUGGUCGAAGUCGGUAUUGACUUUCUGGUGGACAGCGGACUGGGGUGCCAUCAUCUCCGACCGAGACCCAAAAUUUACUAAGGGCCUAUGGCAUGGCGUGUUCAAGCUGCUCCAAGUCGAUAUCUUCUUCACUACAGCCGAUCACCCGCAAGCUGAUGGCCAAUCAGAACGCACAAAUCAAACGUUGGAGAUAGCGAUCAGGCACUGGACAGCCCAGCAACGGCGUACGGAAACCGAACAUGCCCACAUAGACCAACCAGUCCCAGCCACGUCACGAUGGGACGAAGCUCUCUACCUUUUCUUCAGGCCAUACUGA